AUGAAGCGCGAUGGUGUUAAGGCAUAUAUUGAAGGUGUUAGUCAAGAAUUUUUGCGAAAUGAUAGCUGGGAUACAUUUAAACCGGAUGAAAUAGCUGAAGCAUCAUUUCAAGUUGCAGCUGGAAGAACUGAUUUUUCUACUGGAGAUGAACAAACUCAACGUUUUCGACAAUUUUUAUCCAUUGCAACCAACUUCUCUUCAUUACCAUUUGCUCAAAAACUACACAAAAUCCCAGAAUUAGUAGAAAGUAUUAAACAAUUACUUGAAAAUAUGAUGAAAGAAGUUCAAGAAUACAGCGACAUGGCAAAUGAACUUCGUGAUCUCAUUCAAUGUUUUGUUCGAAUGGUAAUACAAGCAAAACAUAAUGUCAAUAUGAUGCUUCCUCUACUUACAGCUGCUAAAUCACAAAUGAGAAUUGUUCAAGAUGUUAUGAGUACAGAUCCAAGUAAAGCACUUAAUGAUGUAGAUAAAAGAGAUAUUCAACUUGCUUUGAAUCGAAUGUCAACUGGAAUACAAGGCUUACUCAGCUUAGCUAAAUCAGCAAUAGCUGAAAGCCAGAAACUAGACGACCGUAUACAUAAUAUGACUAAUUCAGUUCAAUCAAAAAAAGUCACUGUCGAGGAACGAUUGGAUGAAGCAAAUUUUUGUUUCAAAUAUGCGCUACCAGUCGGUACGAUUACAGCCGGUGGUGCAGUUGGAGGACUUGUUGCACCUGAAUCAUUUGGGAUAAAUAAUCGUUUAAAAUAA